AUGCCGCCCAACGCUCCUCCGCUCGGCCAGACCGAUGCCUCGCGCUGGAGGCUGCGCGUCUCGGACGGCGGCCGACACGUAUGGCACUACCUGCGCGACGAUGCCGAGUGCAAGGCAUGGCCGCAGUCCAUCGAAGACAAGUACUGGCUCGGCCUGCCCACCGAGCUGCCCCAACAACCUGCUGCCAAGACGCCGCUCGACGCCGCCACCAACGGACUCAACUUUUACCGCCACCUCCAGUCCAACGACGGCCACUGGGCGGGCGAGUACGGCGGACCGAUGUUCCUGCUGCCCGGCAUCAUCAUCGGCAUGUACGUCACCAAGACGCCCAUCCCCGAGGAGUGGAAGAUCGAGGUGGCGCGCUACCUCUGGAACCGUGCCGACAAGGCCGACGGCGGCUGGGGCAUCCACAUCGAAGGCUGCUCCACCGUAUUCGGCACGGCGCUCAACUACACGGUGCUGCGCAUCGUCGGCGUGCCUGCCGACCACCCGAUGAUGGUCAAGGCGCGCGGCACGCUCCACAAGCUCGGCGGCGCAGCAGGCAUCCCGUCGUGGGGCAAGCUCUGGCUCGCCAUCCUCAACUGCUACGAGUGGGAGGGCAUGAACCCCAUCCCGCCCGAGCUGUGGCUGCUCCCCGACUGGAUGCCCAUUCACCCCUGGCGAUGGUGGAUUCACACGCGCAUGGUCUACAUCCCCAUGGGCUAUCUGUGGGGCCGCCGAUUCAAGGCGCCACUCGAUCCGCUCAUCGAGUCGCUGCGCCAGGAGCUGUACGUGCAGCCGUACGAAUCCAUCAACUGGCCCGCGCAGCGCGGCAACAUCGCUCAAGUCGACGUAUUCUACCCACACACCAAGACGCUCAAGGCGCUCAUGGGUAUCGUCGGCGCGUACGACAACUGCCACAUCCCGCCGCUACGUCGCGCGGGCAUCAAGCGCGCCUACGAGCUGCUCGUGCUCGAGGACGAAAACACGAGCUACCAGUGCCUCGGUCCCGUCAACAAGAUGCUCAACUACAUUGCGCGCUGGGACGUCGAGGGCCACGACAGCCAUGCGAUGCGCAUGCACCGCGAAAAGCUCAAGGACUUUAUGUGGAUCGGCGCCGAAGGCAUGAUGAUGACCGGCACCAACGGCAGCCAGCUUUGGGACACGUCGUUCAUCGCCCAGGCCAUGGUGGAUUCGGGGCUUGCCGCUGCGGCCGAGAACCGCGAGCUCACCGAGAAGCUGCUGCACUGGCUCGACGAGUGCCAGAUCCGCGACAAUCCGCGCCACCACGCGUCCUGCUACCGCUUCGCCACCAAGGGCGCCUGGCCCUUCUCCACAAAGGAGCAGGGGUACGUCGUAUCCGACUGUACGGGCGAAGGCCUCAAGGCGGUCAUCAUGCUGCAGGAAAACGUGCCGUACCUGGGCAAGCCCGUGUCGCGCGAACGCAUGCACGACGCCGUCGACCUGCUGCUCACCAUGCAGAAUCCCGGCGGCGGCUUUGCGUCGUACGAGACGAUCAACGGUCCGGGACUGCUGGAGCUCAUCAAUCCGGCCGAGGUGUUUGGCGACAUUAUGAUCGAAUACGCCUACCCCGAAUGCACCACCUCGGUCGUCACGGCGCUGCUCAAGUUCACCAAGAUCGACGACUACCGCCAGCACGACAUCGCCAAGACCGUCCAGAGCGCCACGCAGUACAUCCUCAAGGCGCAGCGCGACGAUGGCAGCUGGUUCGGCUCGUGGGCCAUCUGCUUCACCUACGCCACCAUGUUUGCCGUCGAGAGCCUCAGUCUGGCGGGCAACACGUACGACAACAGCGACGCCGUGCGCCGCGCAUGCGACUUCCUCGCCUCCAAGCAGAUGGACGACGGCGGCUGGGGAGAGACGUACAAGUCGCAGGUGGUGCAGACGGCGUGGGUGGUCAUCACGCUGCUGCAUGCCAAGUACCCGCACACGGAUCGCAUCAAGAAGGCGGUGCGCGUCAUCAUGGAUCGCCAGCUGCCCGAUGGCUCGUGGGCGCAGGAGCAGAUCGAAGGCAUCUUCAACCGCAACUGUGCGAUCUCGUAUCCGAACUACAAGUUCAGUUUUACCAUUUGGGCGCUUGGCAAGGCGGCGCGCGAGCUCGACUGGAACUGA